AUGGACGACACAAAGAUCGUUGGGAACGAACAACCACCAACCUCUCCGUGUGUAUCUGCCAUUCCUAUUCAACCAACGACAUCGUGUAAAGAACACAUACUUUUGAAUGGCAACAAACCCACAACGUCAUCAACGAACAAUGUUGAUCAUUCCCAACACGAUACCAAAAAUCAAACACUCCUGCACUUGGAGUUGAUGAUGUUUCGACACAGCAGAAAUGAAAAAUCACAUGUUUGCGACAACAAUGACUCAUCAACAACAUACCAACAAAUCGGAGAUUGUGAAAAGUCUCAUGUUCGAUGGAAAUUACUUUUCAUUAUACUUUUAAUAUUAUUUAUUGAAAUGAUUGGUUAUUAUGACAUUUCACAUAAUUUUAAAAUGGUCAUGGCUAGUGAUAUUACAGAGGUCAAUACAGGUCAUCAACGACAAUGGUGGCAUGAUAAUGACAGUUCUACUAACCUGUCGAAUGUCAUCAUUCGAACAUCUACUUCAAAAAAUUCUCAACAACAACAAUCAAAUCUUAAUCAAUUAGUACGACAAGUGAGUGUCACAGAACUGACCAACUCGAGUCAUGCUGUCGUUGUGGGAGGAUUUAAUUAUUAUUCAAUAUUUGUUUGGAAAAAAUUCACACAAAUUCACUCUCUGAACGAUUUAGUGACAUUUAUUCAAACCAACUCUCAAGAUUUUUGGAAAGUGUACACUGGCGCCGGAAAUCCAACCUCCCCAUCGAAUUCGAAACAACGAAAAUUCAAAAUUUUAUGUCCUCAAUUAUAUCCAUGUCACAAAAUAUGGACUCUCAUCACUGCAGAAUAUGACAAGAAAUUAAUCGAUGAAUAUUUUGUAAUGGAACCAAGAUCAAAUUUAUAUCCGGAUUGUAUGGCUGGAUCUUCUUUAGAAUUUGGAGAUGCCUUAUUAUUGAACAGUUACGAUUUUGCUUUAUAUGUUCGAGUGAAUGCAGUGGUGACAAGGAAAGGUCUAUUUCAAGGUGCUGCGAGUGCUGUUGAGGAUGCAAAUGCUGUCAUGUAUCAUCCAGGAGAUUUCACACCCAUUCCACUUUUUCCAAGUGAAGUAUUGGUCUAUUCUUCCUCUCAAAGCGUACUCCCAAACAGCAAACCCUUUCUUGACGUGGCCAUGACACGAAUGGAUUUUUCACAAUUCACAUCGUGUAAUUUGAGUCGAAUGCAUGACAUGUACAUUUUGGAUCGAGUACAUGGAGUGUUAAAUUUCACAGCGAAUGAAAUUCGUCUCAUUGAACAAUUACAAGGAGGAAUUCAAUUGAGUAUGGAUCAAUCUCUACUCUCCAGUUUGGUUUCUGAAACUCUAUAUGCACAAUUACUGACACCCUUAUCCAUCCAAAAUGCUACAAGUUUACUUUGGAAUUCAACUUGCCAUUUUUGUGGAACUCGUCUCUGUCUUGCAGAGAAUAUUGAUAAUGGAGACAUUAUGCUAUUCGCAUAUGCCAUUCCAUGCCUUAUUUUUUACAUUGUGUUUUUUGCAUUUGGCAUGUACAAGAAACCUGCAUUACGAAAACGUUUACUCAUUCCAUAUAUUGCACCUUUCUGUGUUUUCGCGACCGAAGUGUUAUGGUCGUCACUGUGUAAAAACACGUGUCGUUCCGUACUUGUCCCUGUUUCCAUUCUAUUUUCAGGAUAUGCCAUUGCAGUUUAUGUUUUGGUUGUUUUUCGUUUUUUAUUUAUUAAGAAUUUGUACAAGUUGAUCAAGAAUGCAGAUGGAAGAAGGUUGACAUUUUUCAAGUGGCUCGCUUCCGAGAAGGUAGGAUGGACUCUUGUUACUACCAUUCCUUUGUUUUUCAUGGUAUUGUUUGUACUCCCUUCCAUGUUUGCUGCCAUCUUUGACUUGAAUAAUGUCGUAUUUAUUAAUAAUGUAUUUUUUGCAAUUUUAACUGGACUGGGAUGUUGCUUGGGAGUGUUAUACAGCGUGGUUGACUUGCUGGUGAAUCGAAAACUCAUUAAGGAAAAGGGCUUUCGAAGAUAUUUAUUCUUCGAUGACCCAUUUCACAUUCGAAUUGAUAUGCUUGCCUUUCUAUUACAAGUCUUUCUGGCCAUUCUCUUCCUCGCUAUCACACCAGCCAACCAAACUCAAGUCGGUAGCAACAUUAUUCGAAUGCUCAUUGCCAUUUGGUUAUUGUUCACUUCGGGUGGAUUCGCCAUGAUCAUUGAACUUUACAACAGCAUUCUUCGGUCGAGACAUAAGCAAGCUCGUUCCAGCAUUGAGCAAGAACAAGGAGUUUUUGAAUAUAUUUUGACAACCAAUGCAGAGUUUGCACUUCUUUUCAAAGAAUACAGCAUGGCUGAGAGCUCCAUUGAAAAUUAUUACCUGUUUGAGCGAUUAAUUGAAAUUAAGACAACAGGGCGAGCCACUUUGAGUCAAUUUAAAGACAUUGAAGACAAAUUCAUUCGACAAUAUUCCUUAUAUGAAGUCAACAUGCAACACAGAAACAAGUUGAGAUUUUAUGAAUUAUUACGUGUGAUUGAAAGCAAAAAGGAGAAGGAGUUUACCGUUCGUGGAGAACAUGUCGAUUCAGAUGUGGAGAAUAUUUGGCAAUUAUUAAUGACAGAGACCAUUUACAACAUGUGGGAUACCUACUCUCGUUUACAAAUGUUGCAACAAUAUCGAAAUUGGGCGCUCGUGUAUGAUAUUCAUUCAAAACAAGCAUUAGGUUCAAGUGAGUCCUCUGACAAAUUGAACCAUGUGUGA